CGAUCGAGUUCUGUUUUAAACCACAAAGCAAACGCUGUAUUGUCCAUAAGUUGAGCAAAAUUCUUGGUGAGGUGAGGUAAUUGCUGGACUGUGGCAAAGAUUUCUAUCAUGAGUGCCGAAAUUGAUGCUCACAUAACGAAGAAGUAUGAAAUCAAAAAGCGCUUAGGAAAAGGAGCUUAUGGAAUCGUCUGGAAAGCUAUAGAUCGACGAACAGGGGAAGUUGUCGCUGUGAAAAAGAUUUUUGAUGCCUUUAGAAACCAAACAGACGCUCAGAGAACCUUUCGCGAGAUUUGUUUUCUUCAGGAAUUUGGAGACCACGAAAAUAUCAUUAAACUUCUAAACGUGAUAAAGGCGGACAAUGAUAAAGACAUCUACUUGGUUUUUGAAUAUAUGGACACAGAUCUUCACAAUGUGAUAAAGAAAGGCAACAUUCUAAAAGAUAUACACAAAAGAUAUAUUAUGUACCAGAUACUUAAGGCUGCCAUGUACCUGCACUCCGGGAAUGUUAUCCACAGAGACCAAAAGCCAAGUAAUGUUCUGUUGGAUUCAGAGUGUUUCGUUAAAAUGUGUGACUUUGGCCUUGCCCGAUCAGUUACGAGCAUGACACAAGAUGCUGCUGAUCCCAGUUUAACAGAUUAUGUGGCAACACGGUGGUACAGAGCACCUGAAAUCCUGUUAGCAUCUCCCAGAUACACAAAAGGUGUUGAUAUGUGGUCAUUGGGAUGUAUUUUAGGAGAAAUGCUAUUAGGAAAGCCAUUAUUUCCAGGCACAUCCACCUUAGAUCAGAUUGAAAAAAUUAUGACAAUAAUUCCCUCUCCAUCUAGACAAGAUAUUGAUAGCAUCAAGUCACAGUACAGUUCAUCAGUAUUGGACAGAAUGGCCUGUAAACCCAAGAGAAGUCUUGAAGAUGUUAUACCUAAUGCCCCACCAGAUGGCAUUGAUCUGUUAAAGAAAUUGCUUCAAUUUAAUCCUGACAAACGACUGACAGCAGAGCAAGCUCUGAAGCAUCCAUUUGUGGCAAGAUUUCACAAUCCUGAAGAAGAACCAUCUAUGGAUUAUGAUGUGAUUCCUGCUCUAAAUGAUGAUGUUCAGUUGAGUGUGGAAGAGUACCGUGUCAAACUCUAUGAGAGCAUCAUCCAGAAGAAAACUAACAUCAGGAGACAAAGAAGAGAGAUUUUUCUUCAAGAUCACAGGCAGAAACAAGCUCAGGCUGCUGAAAAGGCCAGACAACAAGAAAGAGAUUCCCAGCCUCUCAAACCAGUUGAAAACUCACCAACCAUAUCACAGACUAGCCAACCUACACAGAGCUCACCAGUCAGAUCCCCAGUCCACAAGAGUGAAGGUGUGACUGUGGCAUUUGGAAGAACUACCAAGGUUCAGCACCAAAGGUCACCGUCUGCUGGAAAGGGGAUAGUGAGAAGACACAGCUUGGAAAAUGAUAGUGUUAUGUCACCACCAAGGCCAAACCCUGCUGGUCGCACAAGACCAAUAUCUGCUCAAGUAAAGCCUAAGAACACCAUCAUCACACGUAGCAACAGUGCUGACAGACUUUUACAAGUAACCAGUGCACGUAUGGUUCCAGCUCAAAGACCUCCAUCAGCAAAAACAAUUCACAGGCCUGCAAGAAAACCUGUACCAAACCCUAGUCUUAGUCGCUCACCUUAUGAAAGUUAUGCGCAAACACAUGGAACAAUAUCAAAGAGUUCACUGCAAGCUUUACACUCCAGAAUAUGGUAGCUGUAGGUUUAAUAAGCUUCCUUUAGGAUUUUACCUGUUUUUUAUGAGGAAUUUUCUUUGUAGCUAGGCAAAGUUAGCUGUAGAGAAUGAACAGUUUAAUUUAUUUAAGAUAUGCAAUGAAGAGAAUGAAUAGAUUAUACGUAAUAUUUGGGGUUUUGUGAAAUAUUUCCUGCCGCUGCCUUUCAUGAACAAUAGCUAUUUUCUUCGUCAUAUAAUUUUUUGCCAAGGAGAAUCAAAAAACAAAUUUCGUUGUAAAUAAAUACUUAAACAGGAGCAACAGAAUGAUUGUAAAAUAUUAUCGUAUUUGUUAAUUGGUAAAUUUGAAAAGAAUUUUCUAAAUAGGCAAUAAAGACAAUUAUCAUGCAGUUGACGAGUCCAAUUUUAGGAUAUAUUUUCUCUGCAUUUAUUUAAGUUUUAAAGAUACUUGAUAGAGGAAACUUAAUAGAAAAUUAAGCGUAACUUAUUUGUUUAGGAAGUAUCUCUUAGUCAUUUUGAUUAGUUCUAAUCUUUAAGAAGUACUUCUUUUAUAUCAGCCGGAGACAGUUUGCAUAUUUAGUAAAAUGAUGUAAGUUUAUUGUUAUGGUAAGCUAUUUGUUGGAGGGGGGAAUUAAAGAAUGGAUUCAUAACAGUAUAAUGUGAGUGUUUCAUGGACUCACCUAUUUUCUCCAUCUUUGUAACUAAGAGAAAAGCCCAAGAUUUAUGUAGAUUUUAAUGCUGA